GAUUUGAAAAGGUUGCAAGAAGAAUGGCGCCUGUAUGCCUCCGAUGUUGAAGCCUUCCGAACGUGGCUCCUGGAUAGACUGUCGCUCAGUGCACUCGGUGGGCGGGGGAAUGCUCUGGCGAGCGUCAGACAAGCAGGUGAACGUCUGCAAAGGCUGCGAUAUACUUACCGCAAGCUCACCCAGAAUGCCCCUUCUGUUGAUCCAAUAUUGGAGAAACUUGACGAACAAUACCAGGACCUACUGUACCGCUUAAGCCGCCACGAGGGGCAUCCAUCUGCUGGAUCCCAGUGGUUGCGCGCUUGGCACCCCAACAUGCACCCCAUCAUGCUUCGGACGCCAAGACCGAGUGGACCAGUGUGCCCCGACGUGACAUUCAUCGCUCGACUGCUCUCGUGCGUCGGGCAAACGCCUUGUGCCCUUCAUGAUACACUUCACGAUGCUCCAUAG